AUGGCGGCUGGGGGCCAGAAGAAUGAGUGCGACUUUUAUAAGGCCCUCUCCACCAUCAGAGGGAAAGAUGGUAAAACGAAAGGAAUUGCGUGUGCAGUUGACGUUGAUGGAAAGAAAAGCAAGGACGAAGUUGUUUUAGUAACUUGGAAGGGCUGCAUUGGCGAAGGUCAAAAUUCAGUAAAAACAGUGCACCGCCAUCGGCGUAAAUCAAUAUUUACGAAGAAUGCAUAUGGAAAACAUUAUAGACUGGAACCUUCAAACGACGGUAUCUCAGAGAGAGGAAAUUUUUCUUUAAUCCGGUGUGCUUUUGGGAAUAACAAAAAAGGCAAUGACAAGUGGGGUGUGCGUCUCUCUCGUCGGUGUUUGAACGAAGAAAGGCAAAAGACUGCAAAACUCAAGGCCUAUUCGAUACAUGGUGGUAGUUUCUACACCCUGACAUUAACUUACGAUAAAAUUACUAAUAAACACAAUCUUGGCAUUAACAAAGAUCAAUAUGCGGAUCUCAUGUUACAAGGAGCGCCAAUCAUUGAAGACGAAGAGUAUUUUGUGGGAGUUUUAAAGGAUGAAGGAGGUACCUGCAGUCCUCUUUUCAUAAAAGAAGGAGAACUUGGUGAGUGGUAUUAA